AUGCCGAUCGCCGCGGAGCUGGUGAGCGCGCCGCUGAGCGCCAAGAGCGGCGGCGCGGAGGAGGCGCUGCAGUCGCCAGAGAAUCUCGCGAUCCCCGCUAAAGGCGGCCUCGAGGACGCGGAAGCGGCCGUCGCCGCCGUGGACAGCGCGGCGGCGGCGAGCAACGCGCUGCAGCUGCUGUCGGGGGCGUGCGUGCUGCCGCAUCCCGACAAGGCGCACAGAGGAGGCGAAGACGCCUUCUUCAUCCUCGACGGCGCUGCUGUCGCAGGGGUGGCGGACGGGGUGGGGGGGUGGGCGGAGAUAGGGGUGGACGCGGGGCUGUACGCGCGGGAGCUGAUGGCGCACAUGCAGCGCGCCGUGGCGGACGAGCCCAAGGGCGGCGCGGACCCCAUGCGCGUGCUGGAGAGGGCGCACAGCAGCACCGCCAGCUACGGCUCCUCCACUGCCUGCGUUGCCGUGCUGCAAGCCGAUCAACUGCAGGCGGCGAAUCUGGGCGACAGUGGGUUUCUGAUCAUCCGGCACGGCCACGCCAUAUUCAAGUCGCCCUCGCAGCAGCACGACUUCAACUUCCCUUACCAGCUCGGCAGCGAAGGGGGGGACUCGCCCCUAUCCGCUGAUGUGUACUCGCUGCCAGUGGCACCAGGAGACGUGGUGGUGAUGGGCACGGACGGGCUCUUUGACAAUGUCUUCGACAACGAGGUCUCCUCCCUCGUCUCCCACGCUCUCCUCCGCGGCCUCUCCCCCCAGUCCACCGCCGAGCACCUCGCAGCGCUGGCCCGCGACCGCGCUCUCGACCGCUUCCGCCUGUCGCCGUUUGCGCGCGCGGCGCAGGAGGCGGGGUAUCGGUACAUUGGAGGGAAGCUGGAUGAUAUCACUGUGGUGGUGUCGUAUGUGACGGAGGGCAAGUAG